AUGAAAUCUUUGGAAGAUCAAAGUCGAAUCACGAAAGAAUUGGAAGAAAAACGAAAACAAGCAGAAGAAGCUCAAUUGCGUUUGAAACAAGAACGUGAAGAAGCGGAAAAAGAACAUGAAAGAAUGAUGGAACGAGUUCGAUAUGAACAAGAAGAAAAAGAUAAAAUUGUUCAAGAAAUCGAAGAAGCUCGCCGAUUAGCCGAACAAAAAGCUCUGGAAGCACAACAAAAAGAGAAUGAAGCACGAGAGCUUGAAGAACAAUUACGUGAAGCCAAAAUGAGAUAUCGCCAUAAAAAGCGAGGACAUUCUCGUCCUUGGGUACUUCAAAGCCAACAACAGGCGCCAUCAAACAAUAACCAUCAUCAUUAUAUGGAACAUCCCGGCGAAUAUGGCAAUCCUAUCGAAGAUGAAGAAAGUGAUGAAGAAGAUAACAGUACAACUCGUAAUGGACGAGGUGUUGAACUUCGUACCAACGAAUAUGCUUCACGCCAUGAAGAAAAUCGUUUGACAGCUACGACAAAAGAUCACAAUAUAAAGAGAAAACUUGAAGCUCUGAAAGAUGAACUGGGAUCGGUUCAGAACUCGAACAAGGUCACUGAUAAUGAUCGUUUACAUCAACAAAACGUUGCGUCGGGUCGAGAUAAAUACAAGACAUUGAAAAUGAUCCGACAGGGCAAUACAAAAAAGCGUAUCGACGAAUUCGAAUCUAUGUAA